UUUUGUGCGAUCUGUUAGCAGUUUUCCUAAUUAUGCCGUUGCAUUUCCAAGCAACCGGUACCUUAAUCUGUUUCAUUUUCAAACGGACCAUCAACCGUUAGCUUUUUCCAGAUUUUUUUUUUGCUGAUUUCUUACCUUCCAACGCGUAUUCGUAGGAUUCACAUUCGCGCACGUACUCACUCGGGAUUUUCGUUCAUUAGAAGCACCCAUUUUAACACAAUUAUCUCGUUUCUUUUUGCCGACAACCCCCAACAAAAAAAAACAAGCCUCAAGAGCUAGAUCCGGUGCUAUAAUCCUUCCCAUUUUCUACCACCCAUUUGGAGAUUAUUGCAAUUUUCCUUCAGAAAGACUGGCGCACCAUCUCUCUUUUAGGAACGGUCUGCACGUCCGCAGCAUUCGGAAAUGAGUGCGAUUUGAUUAAUUUGUUCCUAGGAAAAAGAAACGGUGACAUGAAAAGAGCAAAAACAAACCACGGAAAACACAUCUUGAUGUAUGAUAGAAUGGUAUUAUCACCGGAGUAACAUAACACUCGCAGGGUUUGACUAAUGAGCGAUGAAGUCAGCAUGCUGAGCGAAAGCUCGUUAGUGCGUUGCGUUGCGAUCACAUUUUCACAGGGAAGCGAAUAUCUUGCAAGCGCCAGCUGAUUUCUUUUUCGUGAUUUACCGUCCACGGUUGGGUUUCCUGGAACGAUUGUAGAUCAAACAUUGUGUCCAAAUCGCGGCCUCAUCAUUUGCCAGCUACAGGUAGCAAAAAUGUGCCAGCUGGGUGUUUUGUGUCGCAAGUUACCCAAUCCACGGUCCGCGUCCAAACAACCCGAGUAUCGGGUAACGGGGUGUUCCGAAAUGGGGUCAAUCUUGGGUCCGUUUCGCGACAAGCUUGGUUGCUGACUUAACAGCAACAGAACGCAACCGACGUGCAGCCGUCAAAACAAAACAACUCCAAACUGACCCACAACCAGUGGAGUGCGGUGUCGGCUGAAAUGUCGGUAUAAAUGUAGGCGACCCAGCAAGUGUCGGUUCAGUAACGUGAGUCUACCGUUUCACCAACGACAGUACACAGCGCCAUCAUGAAGUUCCUCGUUGCAAUUGCAGUCUGCGCCCUGGUCGGUGUCUGUGCGGCCGAUAGCUACGGCAAACCGGCCUACCCGGCGGCCCCUGUUGCCCACACGUACCCUGCCCAUGCCCCACACGUUAAGUGCGGUGCCAAUCUGCUGGUCGGCUGCGCACCCAACGUUGCCCACGUACCGUGCCAUCCGGCCCAUGGUGGACACCACGGUGGACAUCACGAGUACCAUCAUGCACCGGCUCCAACCUACCAUCAUGCACCGGCCCCAGCUUACCAUGCACCGGCCAAGAAGGAGUACCAUCACGCCCCGGCCCCAGCCUACCAUCAUGCCCCGGCCGCCCACGGUGGAUACGAGGCGAAGAAGGAGUAUGCUGCCCCGGCCUACCACCAUGAGGCACCGAAGAAGGAGUACGGCCAUCAUGCUGCCCCGGCCAUGCACCACGGAUACGAGGAGAAGAAGGAGUACGGCAAACCGGCUGCCCACGGAUAUGGCGGCUACGGCAAGCGAUCGAGCGACUUCGAGAUGGAGGACUAAGCCGCUAGUGUGCUGAUACAUAAGCGUACAAGCGUGAUAGUGUGAUGUUUGCAAUUUUUGUUAAGAAAAGACAUGAAUAAACCAAGGCUUUAUUAGUGGAACAAUCAAAUUAUAAGCGUGUUUGAUUAAUGGCUUAAUUUACAGAUUUGGAAAUGGGGGUUCAUACAGGUGGAAAGAAAAAUGAGUGAAAAUGGUUUAGCUAUACGAGUGUAACCUCUUUCGGAAUUCUGGGUUUUAAUAAUAUUAUAUUUAACAAAUGUUUGCCUUGCCGUAACUAAUAGUAAUCCAUCUUAAAAGAACUCGAUUUAUGGAAAUAUCUUAAAUACAUCUAAUUUUUGUUCUACAAUUCAUUGUUUGAUGAAGUUCAAUUAUAUCUAAAGUUCAAUUUUAUCUAAUAGUUUCCUUAAUCUAGAAUUCAUUGUUUGAUGAAGAAGUUCAAUUUUAUCAAAUAAUUUAUUUUUUUGAUUUUGUGUUUUUUUUCUGUUUUUGCAUUGAAGUCUUUUAUUUUGAACCUAGGUAAAGCGUUAUUGUUCAAAAAUGCAUGUGUACGAAAUUGGCCUCCAGUCCUUUAGAAAAAGUUUUAGCAUCAUUUGUAUUAAAAAAACACAUAUUAUAAAAAUAUAUAUAUCAAUUCUUGAAAACCGAACGAACGCCAAUGGGCGAGUUAAUUAUGGUGUGUCAUGUGCGCGACAUUAGCGUCAAAAACAAAUGGAACUCGAAUGAAUGCUCUCAGAAAAAAAGGAACCCCACACAACACACAAGCCGAAUGCAAACUUCCCCUAAAGCGUUCCCUAAUUUGAAUGGGAAAGGAAGAAAUUAUACAAUUAUCUUUAUUACCGUUGCGUUGCUGGUUUGGCAAAAAAAAAAACACAAAAAAACAAUAAACAGCAUCCAACGUUGCUCAUAACU